GUUUGAUAUUGUGAUUGCCGGGGAGUGGCAAACGCAUUAAAUCCCGGGCCAACCACCGAUCAACCAACUAACCGGCCGGCCCACGACCGAAACCCAUCCUCUGCUUUUCCUAUAUAAACCCUCCUCCGGGAGCUUCAACAUUCACUCACCCAGCAGUCUUCUAUUGAGCAGCUUUCUAAAACAACAAAACCUUUCUUUUACACUUCUCUUAGUCCUACUAUAUAUAUAGUCUUUUGUGUUGUGAAAAAUGGCGGGUGCAGCAGCGAAGAUGGUGUCGAUGGUUCUGGUGUGCGCCUUGGUGGCAGCCCCAUACAUGGCGUCGGUGGAUGCCAUAACAUGCGGUCAGGUGACGAGCAGCCUGGCCCCAUGCCUGGGUUACCUGACCAAAGGUGGGACCGUCCCGCCGGCAUGCUGCAACGGGGUGAAGAGCCUCAACGGUGCCGCCCAGACCACACCUGACCGCCAAGCAGCUUGCGAGUGCUUGAAAUCCGCCGCCGGCUCAGUCAGCUUCGACCCCAAGAACGCCGCUGGCCUCCCCGCUGCCUGUGGUGUCAACAUUCCCUACAAGUUCAGCACCAGCACUAACUGCAAAUCCGUCAAGUGAAGCAUACAUGUAAAGGAAGGAAAUCAGUUGGGAAGUGGCGCAUAUUAGGUUCUGCGCUAGUAUAGUUAUUAUCAAUGAUAAAAUGUGGUACGAGUCGGGGUCGGGGAGACAGCUGCUAGAGAGUAUCAUCUUCUCUAGUACCUACGUACUGUGGUGACCCUUUAUUGUGUCUCCACUGGUCUAUGGAUCUUUUGUGUUUUGUGUUUUGUAACGUUAGUUGUGAGUUCGCCACAGGUGAUUCAUGUAUGUGUGUAUGGUUGAUAACACGUACGUAAAUAAGUGGUACUUUUAUGUAAUGAAAAGAAAGUGGCUAGCGGUAUGCAUAUGCUGGCCCACUUCAUCUUUUAUUAUGGGUUAAUACCUUAUUUUGGCAUCAACUAUAACCAUAUAAUCAAUUUUGACUCAUGGUUUCAGAAAUUAAUAUCAUGACCUCAAUUAUACAACAUAUAUACU